AUGAAGGAGGAUUUCCUGCAGAACUUCACUUCCCUCAGCCCUGCGGAGGUGGAAAUCUUCGUGAAGAAUCUGAUGGAAGCCGUCCGGAUGGGAAUGGAUCCGACGGGACGUGGGAACAGCAACUGGGAUUUCAGCAACUCCUUCUUCUUUGUGGGCUCGAUGUUAUCCACAAUAGGCUAUGGAAAUCUUUCUCCCAAGACAGCAGGUGGCCAGCUCUUCUGCGUCGUCUUCUCUCUCUUCGGCAUCCCCUUGAAUAUCGUCUUCUUGCACCACAUCGGCAAGAUUCUCUCCCUGCUCUGUGAAAGGCUUGCUAAAUGCCUGUACCGGAAGGGUGUAAAGAAGAAAACGACGAGGUUCUUGACCCUUCUGUUCUUCCUGGUGAUGGGAAUCCUGGUUUUCAUUUGUGUGCCGUCAGUUGUGUUCCAAGUGAUGGAGGACUGGACCUACGGCGAAGCAAUCUAUUUUACGUUUAUUACCCUCAGCACCAUCGGUUUUGGAGACUACAUAAUAGGGAGACAGCCUAGCAAGAGAUAUUUUCCCUAUUACCGAAUUCUGGUAGCCAUCUGGAUUAUCUUCGGACUUGCGUGGAUAGCCCUGCUGUUUAACUUACUGUCCAAUUUACUGGAAGACCCGGAUACGAAGCCGAUAGAAGAACUUAUCCCAGUCAAGAGAGUGACAAGAAAAAAGAGGAAGUCCAAACGGUGUCCUUCUCCCCCGUUUUCCCUUGAAGGCGGUUUAUCAUGACAUCCCAGUGGAAGUGGACAGGAAAAUCAGUGACAGAAGCGAGAAAGCGGUGGCUCUUUUCGAAGACACAGGUCAUUGGGACAUUCAGGUGGUUUCCUGAGAACUGACCAAGCUGAUCAUGUUAAACGUUAUGUAAUUUCAAAUAAAUUUUUUGAGUUUUUAUGGAAUGCUAAUUCCUCUUUUCGGACUGCAUAUCUCCCGUCUUCACAAUGCAAUCAGCUUUCUUGGGCCAAAAAGUCUUCUUUGGAAUCUCAGAUUUCAGGAUUGU